AUGAAUUCUUGUCAAAGUUCUUCGACAAGUCGCAAAGAAUCCAUACGAUUUAGCGAUAGCGUACUCCAGAGAAACGCAAAAGUAAUGAGAGACCUCAGAAAUCGUUUGAAUAACUGCCGGAAUAGACGCCCAGACCCAAAAUACAAUAGAGCAAUGUGCAGUACGUCUUCCAAAAAUGACCGGAGUAGCGGUAACUCCGAAUAUCGCUCAAUAGAAGGCAGCGAAAAAGAGACGUGCUACGUCAGUUUGUUCGAAGUGUGCAUGAACUAUCUGUUUCCCACAGCGUUUCCUUUGCCGUCUACCAUUUACCGGUUCAAGGUCAAGUGCAAUCAGUCGUUAUCGGACCCGAAAAAAAAGAUCAUCGGAAAAAUAUUGUCGCCAAUUGGACGGUGUUCGAAAAUUCCGAAAGGAAUCUUCGUGCAAUCCCCCUCGGAGAACCUCGUGACGAAAAUAUAUUGUCCCGGAGCUGAAGAUAAGUAUUCAUGUCGAAGCAGUAAAUAA